AUCCAUUCCUACCCGUGGGGUGGGGACAAGCCACGAGCGAGACGCGACCCCGCAUCCCACAGACCCACACGGCCUCUGCUUCCCGGAACCGGAACCCCCACGUCGCCGCCUCGUCUGACCAGUCAAACCGCACGAGCUUUGACGUACACACACCUCUGCGUCAAACUCCUCCCUUCCGAGAAGCAUCCCGUUUCCAACACGUUCACGUUCAGUUCAGCCUCUGAGCCCCACUGAGAUUUUGGUCCCACCUGACUUCGUCCCCACCAGUAAGUGAAGCCAUUGCUUAGUAAGCGCCCCCACACUAGCCGCGGCUGGCAAUUCACCGCGCGACUACCGUCCGCUAUAAACGGCACCCCAGCCACCGAGCAACCACUCCCGUCAGCCACUCCUCUACCGGUGACGCACGCACCCAAUCUCUGAUCUGAUCUCUCCCCCUGGAUCUCGACCUCCGCCUGGCUGCUCCGCUCUGCGUCGCUCGCCAUGGCGUCCUCGACGGGGAGCUUGGAGCACGGCGGGUUCACGUUCACGCCGCCGCCCUUCAUCACCUCCUUCACGGAGCUGCUCUCUGGGGCAGCAGCGGACAUGGUAGGAGCCGCGGGCGCCGAUCAUCAGGAGCGGUCGCCGAGGGGGCUGUUCCACCGCGGCGCCACCAGGGGCGGCGGCGUAGGCGUGCCCAAGUUCAAGUCGGCGCAGCCGCCCAGCCUGCCCAUCUCGCCGCCGCCGAUGUCGCCCUCCUCCUACUUCUCCAUCCCGCCCGGGCUCAGCCCCGCCGAGCUGCUGGACUCGCCCGUCCUGCUCCACUCUUCCUCGAACUUCUUCGCGUCGCCCACCACCGGCGCCAUCCCGGCGCAGAGGUUCGACUGGAAGCAUGCCGCCGACCUGAUCGCGUCUCAGUCUCAGCAAGACGACAGCCGGGCUGCGGUCGGCAGCGCCUUCAACGACUUCUCCUUCCACGCGCCCACCAUGCCCGCGCAGACCACGUCCUUCCCUUCCUUCAAGCAGCAACAGCAAGUCGAAGCGGCGACCAAGAGCGCCGUCCCGUCGAGCAACAAGGCCAGCGGCGGCGGCGGCGGCACCAAGCUUGAGGACGGGUACAACUGGCGCAAGUACGGGCAGAAGCAGGUUAAGGGGAGCGAGAACCCGCGCAGCUACUACAAGUGCACGUACCACAGCUGCUCCAUGAAGAAGAAGGUGGAGCGGUCCCUGGCCGACGGGCGCGUCACGCAGAUCGUGUACAAGGGCGCGCACAACCACCCCAAGCCGCUGUCCACGCGCCGCAACUCCUCCGGCGGCGUGGCGGCGGCGGAGGAGCAGGCCGCCAACAACAGCAGCCUCUCUGGCUGCGGCGGCCCGGAGCACUCCGGCGGCGCCACCGCCGAGAACUCGUCCGUCACGUUCGGCGACGACGAGGCGGAGAACGGGUCGCAGCGGAGCGGCGGUGACGAGCCCGACGCCAAGCGCUGGAAGGCGGAGGACGGUGAGAACGAAGGCAGCUCAGGCGCCGGCGGCGGCAAGCCGGUGCGCGAGCCGCGGCUGGUGGUACAGACGCUGAGCGACAUCGACAUCCUGGACGACGGGUUCCGGUGGCGCAAGUACGGGCAGAAGGUGGUGAAGGGGAACCCGAACCCGCGGAGCUACUACAAGUGCACCACGGCGGGGUGCCCCGUGCGGAAGCACGUGGAGCGCGCGUGCCACGACGCGCGCGCCGUGAUCACCACGUACGAGGGCAAGCACAACCACGACGUGCCCGUGGGCCGCGGCGCCGCCAGCCGCGCGGCGGCCGCCGCGCCACUGCUGGGCUCCGGCGGCGGCCAGAUGGAUCAUCGUCAUCAGCAGCCCUACACCCUGGAGAUGCUGAGCGGCGGAGGAGGAGGGUACGGCGGCGGCUACGCGGCCAAGGACGAGCCGCGGGACGACCUGUUCGUCGACUCGCUCCUCUGCUAGAGGGAGAGGCUAGAGCUGGCGAGGGGGAUGCGGAGCCGGUCCACCAAUCUCGGUGCGGCGGCGGUGUCUGUAGCCUGCUGUACGUGUACGGCGGGGGUAUACGUAGCGUGCACGCUCGCCUUCGCAUUCAGAAUUCAGAUACGUGCAGUAUACACACACGCACGCACACACAACACGCUGUGUGCACCGGAUCUAGGUUAGCUAGGAAUGGGAAUUUGUUGAUUCGUUGGAGGCCUUCCUGCCACGCGCGCACGGCACGGUACUCGUACAGACAGUCAUACGGUUGUGUCGUUUUGUAGUUGUAGCAACGGUGCCGCUAACGCCUGUGUGGAAAGGCCCUAUACCGUAUAUAUAGUGUGACAAAGUCAAUAAAGCUGAAAAGAUCGCGUUAUUUCC